AAGUCGCUGAAGAUUGCCCUGGUGUGCAGCGACUGCCUGUUGGUCUCCUUCCAGCCCUUGCUCGUGCACCUGAGCAAGUCCGCCGACGGAACCUUCGCGUUCGAUCCAAUCAGCGUCAACCUUUUGGUUGAGUGCGUCAAGUGCGUGUUCGCCGUGUGCUUCAUCGUAUACACGGCCAAUCAACCGUCACCGGAGGCCAAAGCGCUCAGGUCGGUGUCUAGGCUGAGGAGGGCGGCGCGGGAGAACCUUCCACUGGCGUUCCCGUCCGCGCUCCACGCGGUGAACAACUACCUGAAGUUCGCGAUGCAGCUCUACUUUUCGCCAACCACCGUCCGCAUGCUGGCCAACCUGAAGGUGCUCGUGAUCGCCGUGCUGCUCAAGACGAUCACGCGCAGGCGGUUCAGCGUCAUACAGUGGGAAGCGUUGGCGCUGCUGGUGCUGGGCGUGACCGUGAACCAGAUGAAGCUGAGUUUGGGGGCGGGUGGGGCGGAGGACGCCGCGAUGUCACCGAUGGCGCUGAUGUACACCGCGAUGUUCAUAUCGUUCCCGUCGUUCGCGAGCGUGUUUAACGAGGUUACGAUGAAGAAGAACUUUGAGACGAGCGUGAGCCUGCAGAUGUUCUUCUCGUACUUUUGGGGAGCCGUGUUCAACCUCAUCGGUUUGUUCGGCGUGGGCGUGUACAGGAGCUGGAACGGCGGAAGCGAGGGGUGGAUGCCCAGCGUGUUCAGAGGGCACUCCAUCGUCACCUGCUUGCUGGUGGCCAACAACGCGGCGCAGGGUGUCCUGUCAACCUUCUUCUUCAAGUUUGCGGAUUCGGUGAUGAAGAAACAUUCGAGCAACGCGGCGACCAUCUUCACCGCGCUGCUGUCGGCGGCCAUGUUCGGUCACACGCUGCGGGCAAACUUCGUGGUGGGCGGGGCGAUCGUGCUCAUAUCCAUGCACCUGUUCUACGCC